AUGGCUGCGCUUGCCAUGCAAAGAGCUGUGGAGCAGGACGGCGAUGAGCCCCAAUGGCUGCAGGACAGGGAUCGCCUGCUGCUGCUAGUAGCUGAUCGCCCAGCAACUGUCUUACAGGAGGAAGGCUCAGCAGGCCUGGAGCGCUGGCUUGCUGCAGAUAAGGAGCGGUCGCUCCCAGAGUAUCAGCGCAAGCGGCCCAAGUAUUACUACUACUACGAGUGGAUGCGGCAGCGCAUUGCAGACCACUGUGGUGCCCUGCCGGAGUCUGUUGUGGAUAAGCUGCUGAAUGUGGAGGCUGGGGAGCUGGACACCCUCCUCACCUACCCUGCUGGCGUCCAGGCCAAGGCACGCUCUCAUGCAACAUUUACCGCAAAGCAGUUGCUGGAUAUUUUCGAUGAGCAUGGGGCGGAAUAUUUGGAGACCUGGCGCUUGCCGCCGCUGACAUGGACUGAGCUGCAGGAGCUCAAAGCCCAGGCAGGGGUGCCUGCAAUAGAAGGGUCCAGCCCAGAUGAUGCCAGGAUGAUCAUGGGCUGUGAACAGUGCCAACCAGCUGCCUUGGAGCCGGCUGUAACAGGGAACAUGAGUGAUGAGGAUGCCAUGUGUGAGGGAGAUGAGGAGGACUUGGACGCUGUGGAUUGA